GGUUCUGCGUUAACUCCACCCCCGACAGAAGUUUGCAGCCCCGGAUAAACUUCCAGUUCCCCUCUCUACCGACGAGUGCUCUUUUCCAGUUUACCAUCCCACGUAGAGGCCCCAUUUUCCAGAAUGGAGUGCCGGUUGGGUUUAGCGAUUUUAGUCGUUUGCCUCAUCUCUUAUGGCCUUUCGGAUGUGCAGCUCAGUAGUAAUGUUAUUCUCGAGCCGUAUGAUCUGCUGUUCGACACAGCGGUAGAAGCAUACUACAAGGGCGACUGGAUGACGGUCAUCCUGAACAUGGAGCGGGCGCUUCGGAACAAGGCUGCGAUACGCAGGGUGAAGGCGCAUUGCCGGAUAAUUUGUGCAAACCAGAGCGCUUUCGGAGAGCCUUUAUCCAGCAUAGUUGUGACAAUACCAGGCGCUGGCUCUGUGGAAGAUCUUGGUUUUUUUCAAAAAAUUAUGAAAAGGGCUGAUUGUGUAAAUACCUGUGAAAGUGAUAAAAUUGGACCACCAACUAUCCAUAAAAUCACUGAAGAUGUGGACCUCGAGUUUAAGAAGAGAACCCCUUACAAUUAUCUUCAAGUCGCAUACUUCAAGAUCAAUAAGCUGGAUAAGGCUGUGGCAGCGGCCAACACAUUUUUCCUGGCCAACCCAGACCACAUAGAGAUGAGGCAGAACCUGGACUACUACAGGAUGAUGUCCGGAGUACAGGAGGAAGACUUUAAAGACCUUGAGGCCUGGCCUCACAUGGCAGAGUUCCUUGCAGGGAAGCGGUACUACAGCUCAGACUCGUUCGGUCUGGCCAUCGACCACUUUGAGGCAGCGGUGGAAGACUACUUCAGCGCGGACCAGGAGUGCCGGGCGCUCUGCGAAGGAGCUUACGACUACGACGGAUACAACUACAUGGAGUACAGUGCUGACCUCUUCCAGUCCAUGACAGACCACUACAUGCAGAUUCUGAACUGUAAGCAGAGCUGUUCUGUGGAGCUAGCCUCCACUGCAGGAAAGGACAAGCCAUUUGAGGAUUUCCUCCCUUCCCACUUCAACUACCUACAGUUCUCCUACUACAACAGUGAAAAGUAUGAACAGGCCAUAGAGUGUACUAAGACCUACCUGCUGUUCCACCCAGAAGAGGAGGUAAUGAAUCAGAACCUGGCCUACUACUCCGCUGUGCUGGGAGAGGACAAGGCUGCAGCCAUACCUGCUAGACAGGUGGUAAAACAGCACAUUCAGCAGUCCCUGUUGGAGAAGGAGCUGCUUUACUUUGCUUUUGAAGUGUUUGGAAUCACCUUUGUUGAUCCAGAUUCCUGGACCCCUGCAGACAUUAUGCCCCUCAAACUGAGAGAGAAGCAGAAGGCAGACAGGGAGACUGCAGCAAGGAUCACUGAGGAGAUUGGGAAUCUGAUGAAGGAGAUUGAAACUAUGGUGGAGGAGAAGAAUAAGGAGUCUACUGAUAUUGCCAAGAUCGUACGAGAAGGUGGUCCUCUGUUGUUUGAUGACAUCAAGAUUACCAUGUCGUCUAAGCAGCUGAAUGGGUCUCAGAGGGUUCUACUGGAUGGAUUUAUCUCGGAGAGCGAGUGCAGGGAGCUCACCCGCCUCUCUAAUGCGGCUGUGCUGAAAGGUGAUGGGUACCGAGGCCUUCCUUCCCCACACUCCCCCAGCGAGAGCUUCCAAGGAAUCACAGUCCUCAAGGCUAUUAAGUUUGGACAGGAGGGAACUGUGCCCCUGAAGAGUGCCCGUCUGUUUUUCGACAUGAGUGAGAAGGUACGUAGGGUCCUGGAGUCGUACUUCCGUCUGGACUCUCCUCUCUACUUCUCCUACUCCCACCUGGUCUGCCGCUCCGCCAUCGACGAGAAGCAGGAUGACCGUGACGACCUGAGUCACCCGGUUCAUGCAGACAACUGCCUUCUGGUCUCUGAGCUCAACAAGUGCAUCAAAGAACCGCCCGCAUACACACACCGAGACUACAGCGCCAUCCUCUAUCUAAAUGAUGACUUUGAAGGAGGAGAUUUCAUUUUCACUGAACUGGAUGCCAAAACUGUCACAGCGGAGGUGCGUCCUCAGUGUGGUCGUGUGGUUGGUUUUGGGGCUGGGGAGGAGAAUCCUCAUGGCGUGAGAGCGGUCACUAAGGGACAGAGGUGUGCUGUGGCCCUGUGGUUCACCCUUGACCCCAAACACGAGGAGAAGGAGCGGAUCCAAGCUCAAGAGAUGCUGAAGAUGUUCUCCACUCCUACGGACGCAGAGUUCACAGAGACAAAGACAGAGAACUCCGAGCCACAGCUCACACUUCCUGACCAGGCUGUGCUUCUUGGUCAAGCUGCACCCCCAGUACAGGUGCAGGCAGACAAACCAGAUGACAAACCAGCAGAGAAGAAGCCUGAGGAACCAGCAGAGAAGAAGCCUGAGGAACCAGCAGAGAAGAAGCCUGAGGAACCAGCAGAGAAGAAGCCUGAGGAACCAGCAGAGAAGAAGCCUGAGGAACCAGCAGAGAAGAAGCCUGAGGAACCAGCAGAGAAGAAGCCUGAGGAACCAGCAGAAACAGUCAUUGAAAACCCAGCUGAUAACCCAGAAGAUAAAAAGGAUGAGAAGCCGACAGAGAAUCGGGCAGAAAAACAAAUUGCUAAAGAGGGUGAAAAACCUAUGUUGAAAGAGGCGGUCAAAACGAAAGCCAAAGCAGCCGACGCAUCAAAGGCCAAAGCGACGACUAAAACAGCGGCUAAAGCAGGGGACAAAGCCAAGGCUAAACCAGCAGCAAAAACAAACGUCAAACAUGCAGAAAGCAAAAUGAAACCUCAAGCGACAGACAAAAAAGAGCAGAAGCCAGCUACAAAGAAGGCAGAGAAAGCCCCUGUCAAAAAGGUUUCCAAGGACUCUAAAACUGACCCCAAAUCAGCCUCGGACUCACAGACAGACAAGGUUGAGCUAUGAGACCAACAGCACCUGUGACUCUUACUCUGUGGUGUCUCUAUUUUUCUACCGUUUGAAUAUAUUUGCUAAGGUUUUCUCUGUGGGUGUGCUGGAUAAAGAUAUGUAGUUGUUGGAUAUUGUUUUGGAUGUUGUUUGUCUGCCCAGUGGCGGUGAAAAAUGAACCAGGAUAAGGUGUUGUAAUGUAAGCCAUACCAUAAUACCAAGGGACUGCAAACUCACUCUGAUGGCUGAUAUCAACCAAUCAAUCAAAUCAAUGAAUCAACCAAUCAAAUUGGAUUUGUAUAGUGCAUUUCACAAAUGCAUUUGUCACAAAGUGCUAAAUAGUAACCACCUUUAAAUUCAUAUCCCAGACUCAUGUGAACAAUCUGUGUUGUUUUUAUAGUGUUACUUUUGUGUAAUGAUUUGGAAUUCUCUGUGCUAUUUUGUACUGAUUUUAAAUAAACAGUUCUUUGCCUCAGGAAUGGAAAGAUAUAAUCUCCCAACAAAAAGAGAUAAAAAAACCCCAGGAAAGACUGAAACUUCGAUUCAUGUGGAUACAUUAAAAAAGUCAUGUUUUCAUACUGAACAAAAAUAUGAACGCUACAUGUAAAGUGUUGGUCCCAUGUUUCAUGAGCUGAAAUAAAAGAUCCCAGAAAUGUUC